AUGCCGGGAGUACAGAGCUUUGUUGCUCAGCGCCAGCAAGGUCAGCCAAAUCCAAGUCGCCAAUUAUUGGGGGCACAGCACCGAGUUCCGGUCCCAACAACAAAGCUAGAAAAUAUUAAACAAAAGCCACCAUUCCAGAGGCCGAACCCUAAUCUGCCGGCCAAUCCUCCUGUGGCAGGUUCCAUCACUAUUCUGUCCAGGCAGCAAGCUGCCGAGGCGUCUGCUGUCCAGGAUGGUUUCGAUACCGACGCCGAAGGUUUCGACGACACGGCGACCAUGAAAGUUGGGGGCAGCAGUCGAGGCCACCAAGGUGGAGGAGAUGAUCGCGACCAGAUUUCUAGUCGGUAUGGUACAGACGUACCCAAUGAAUAUCUUUCCGGGGCUCAAGUAUCUUUUCGACGUGGGCAGGAGCAACCACAUCAAGUCCAGGGGUCCAGGCGACUGGACGCCGAGGGCUCCGGGGAGGACGGUGAAGCGAAUGUCGGAGAGAGUGCAGACGAAGAGGAGGACGAAGAAUCAGAAAAGGAGGAGUCGGUGCGUGAUGGAAUCUUGCAAGACCUUAAUAGUUCAGGGUUUUACCAGUACCUUCAGGGAGAGUCAUCUCACACGACUGAAGUAGCUUUCCAACCAGUCGUGGCUACUCCGGUGGUACAUAGUGAAUUAGCGUUAAAGGAGAUUGUUCAGCGCCAUCAAAAGCCAGCGAACCCGUUCACGUCCAGGGGGGAUAGCGUAAAUGGUGGCGCUGCAGAUCCCGGUGUGAACCUCCAACGUGCGAAUCGCCAAGCUCGUGAGAGGGCCAUGAAACAGACUUCAGCGGUGCCGGUCCAGAAAGUCCAAGUUACCUCCCGUCAGGCUCUGCAGCCUAUGUCGCGGGCUCGACUUAGAUUGGGCCAAGACACUGUGGCUACAAGUGUACAGCCACAGGCCACUGAAGAAAGACCCUUAUCAGUGCAAACCGGAUCUAGCGACCUUAGCGACGACGACUCUGCUGUCGACUGGGACCCGAACGUCAACAGGGGACAAGACAUGGAACCUACGGCAUCGAUUGAUGGCCCACAGACACGGAAACGCGCCAGAGACCUUGAUUAUAGCCCGGACCAAAUAUCGAGCAUGACCUUCAACCAGCUGACCAAUGAACCUUUCAAUCUCGCUUCCGAUACAGCUCGGGUGUCCAUUCCGCAAGAACUCUCAAAUGGUACUCUAGCCGCGAAGGUGGAUUACAUCUUGGAAAAAUUGAAAGAUGAUGACACCAAACUCGUCCAUCGGAGAGCAUUUUUCUCGUCCCUGUCGAUUGAGCAGUACGAGGAAUGUGCGAAUCUUAUAAUUCAAAGAUUCGGUGAUGUCAUGUCAAAGUUCACAGACGCCAGGCAGCAGAGACGACGAGCGGCGAAGGACUUUGAGGAAGAAGUUGCGAAGCGAGAAGCGUGCGUAAGAGGCAAGACUACGGUUGUGGAUAAAGAUCUAGACAGAUUGAAGCGAGGUGGGGAGGAAGUUGUGAGGGGUGCAGCUUUGUGA